AUUUUAAUUAUUUUUGAUGCUCAGUCUGUUGUUAUCAUUUGAUGUCUUGACAUUGAUUCUUAAUUUGUCGUUUUUAAUGUUUUUAUAAAUUUUGAUAAUUUCAAGUGUUUUAUUUAUUUUUAUAAUUUACAAUACCUGAAAUUUACAUAAAAAUGCUUAAAAUAAUGAAGUUGAAUGCAUGUUUAGUGCUCCUCACUAUUUGUCAAAUAAUUCACACAGUCAACUCAAAAUUUGCAACAUGUACAAGUAAUGAGUCAUGCAUUCCCUUUCCAAUGUGUGAUGCAGUAAACAAAAUACGUGAUAAGCAACGAUUGUCUGCAGAAGAUGAUAAAUAUUUAAAAAGCAUUCAUUGCAAAACUGAAAAUCGUUUGGCUUAUGCCUGUUGUGCUAAUAAAGUCAAAGUCAAUUUUGAAAGCAAAUUGCCAAAAUCACCUAAAUGUGGAAUUCAAUUCAGUAAUAGAAUCAUCGGUGGAGAGAUUGCAAAUAUCGAUGAAUAUCCAUGGACUGUUCAAAUUCAACACAUAAAUGAAAAUAAUUCAACAGAGAGCUUCUGUGGUGGAACACUCAUAAAUGAAAGCUAUGUUUUAACUGCUGCACAUUGUACAAAGCUUAAACCAUUCCAAGUUCGACUUGGUGAUUGGGAUAUAGGAACAAAUCCUGAUUGUGACGAAGACGGACGAUGCAAUGAUCCAUAUGUGGAAAUUCCAAUUGAAAAUAUUACAGUCCACGAAAAUUACAAUUUUUCAAUUGAAAUUCAAUGCAAUGACAUUGCUUUAAUUAAGCUCCAGAGAAAUGUCACACUUAGUGACUUUAUAAAGCCCAUAUGCUUACCAAUUGACGAGCAUGUCCAAAAUAUGAAUUUAACAGACCAUUAUGUAGAGGUUGCUGGAUUUGGAUGUACAAACGUAGAGAAUCAAACGAUGAGCGUCAGAAAGAAAUGGGUUGGAUUGAGGAUCAGUCCACAAAGUUAUUGUAAAAAAGUUUAUGCUAGGCGUAAUGUUGUUAUAAACAGCAAACAGGUUGGAUUGAUGUUUUUUGAAAAUUUUUUAUUUAAAGUAUUGUUUGAAUAGAUUUGCGCUGGUGGUGAAGAAGGACGAGAUUCUUGCAAUGGAGAUUCUGGAGGAGCACUAAUGAAACAAAUCACUAAGCAACGUAAAAUACCAUAUUACUCCCUUGUAGGUUUAGUCUCGUUUGGUCCAAAUAAAUGUGGUACAAAGGAUUAUCCAGCUGUCUAUACACGAAUUUCUGAGUUUAUGGAUUGGAUUUUCAACAACAUGGAUUAAUAAUCACUCAAAACUUAAACUUGUUCAUUAAAAUAAGC